CACAGCUGUUCGACCUUCCCAGUGAUUGGCAAACACACUGUUUUCAUAACUUGCAACAAAAAUUAAAUUACAAUAGUUGAAAGAACCCAGAAAAAUGGCACAAAAGGUGAUCAAGUACUUUGGUCGCACGACAGACUUCCGUGGCAACACGUUGUGGGAGCUUGUCUCCGACCUACCCAACUGGGGAGUGGGCCGCCUGCUCAUACGUAACAUGUUCCAGCGAUAUCCGGAGCCCUGCUACAUGCGGAUUUUAAAGGUGCAGUCCGUGGACGAGCAGCCCGGCGAGAUCCGCAAGGUGCGGGUUACAGUGGAAAAAACGUGGCGCGGCGUAACUCAGCCAAAGCCCGUGGAGAUCUACAGCACCAGCUAUAAGGCGGACUUCGAAUUGGUGCCACAGGAUCAGGAAGCAAAGUACCUGAACAACAAGAAGAAGGUUGAACCAGCGGUUCUUCCCACCAAGAUUGACCUUCCGCCUCUGCUCCGCGAACUGGUCUCGGAGGAAACGGGCAACCCCAAUCCCCAGAUGAAGAUCCACUUUAAAGUUACCGACAACAAAACAGCCAGAUUAGCCAAGGAUGGUGAAAAGUCAACAGUUAAAUUCGCUCUUGGUGUUGGGCAGCCAAAACCCGUAAGCGCCAAGCUUUACGAUGGAAUAUUAUAAGCCUGGGACAUUGUUGAAAUAUUAAAUACAUCUAUUAUACACUUAAA